AUGUUUGGGCGCGUGAAUCCGAUUGCGUCUGUGCGCACGCUCGCGCAGCGCCCUGCCGCGCUUCGUGCGGGUGCGAUGCAGCGCCGCUACGCGGGUGGUCAGCCUAGCUACAACGAGCCGACGGGAUACCUCUUUGGCGAAAAGCCUCCUGCACCGGGCCACAAGCGCGAAAAGGCUGCCUGGGAGCCGAUCUGGUACUACGGUUUCUACGGCGGCAUGGCGGCGUUUGCCGUCCUGCUAUACUACAAGCCCGACCGCAGCGUCCGGCAGCUCGCGCCGGAGGCCGAGAAGCGCCUCGACGAGUCGGGCGCCGCGUGGCGCUACAAGCCCUCGCCGAACUCGGGCUACCCGAACGGUGUUCCCAAGUAG